AUGUACAACUCCCCUUUUUACCGUUGCAUUGAUGAGGUGAAUCCCAGUCUUUCACUCUCCAGUGUACGACACACGAUUCCCUACCCGUCUAUCACUCUGUGUGAGGACAUCUGUAAUACGAGUCAGCAUUUCAUUGUUAAGAAUACUUCGUGCCGUUGUGUUGAAUAUCCUAAUGUAACAGAUCCAGCUGUUAACGAUCUCUGUACUAUACCGUGUAAGGAUAUCCCGCCACUGGGACUAUAUUGCGGAGGGACAUCAACAUUCAAUGUGUUCAAAACUUAUAGAGAAACUGAGAUACUAAGCCAAGUUCCUUCACACAGCUGUGUGGUGCUAAACUGUGAGGACUCCCCACCCUCACUGAUUACAGUGAGUUGCAAUGAAAACUUACCCACAGUGGGCUAUGUGUCAAAUUCAAUAUAUGGUGAAACGGGAUUGCACAUUAACCAAACAGAAACUUGGGAAUUCUCUACAAACUAUUGUAAGGAGAGGAAUGAAUCGCUACCGUCGAGUGUAUCUCUCUGUAAUACUACCGGAUUACGUGGCGAACAACAUUGGAGUGGACUGGUACGAGUAGGGACAGCAGUAUCCAUUACAGACGGAAGUCAACCCGAUCCAUCAUCAGUGGUCGAGUUCAACUGUACACGCUGUGAAAACAGCACGUGUCGUUCUAUCAGCUGCAGCAGCAACCGUUCCGCUCUCUGUCAGAUAAAGAAUAUCAACAAUCAAAAAACCACAACGUUGUCAGCGAGCCACGCUACAUCUUUUAUCACUGAUCACGUGACGCCUUCAAAGAAUGACAAAAGCAAAAUCAAAUGUAUCAAUACACAGACAGUCGUGGCUGUUGUGAUCAGUCUGGUAGCCGUAUCCAUUUUUGUUGGCGUCACUUUCUUCUGUCUAAGAAAGAAAAUAUGUCACAAAGAUCAGGAUGGACCAAGAAGUGGAGAUGAUAGAAAACUAGUUACCUAUGACGAAAUACAGUUAACUGAACCCAAACUAAACACAAAUGGAAAUGCGAUUAAUGACAACUAUUCUGUACUAAAACCAGACCAGAAGAAUGUUAAAGAAGAAAAUCUGCAGGACAAUGAAUGUUAUGAUCAUGUAGAGGACAUCGACAAGGAGAAGGAUUAUACAAACUCUCAUUUAUACACAAACACAAAGCUUACUGCAGAACAGAAUGACAUGGGGGAAAACGAAGGUCAUUUGUAUAACCAAUUAUUAGAGAAAAACGCUGUACCGGUUGAAGAUCUACACAUUUACAGUCACAUGACACCAGGUGACUCCGGAUGAUGAUCAUGAAUAUAACAUUGCUAAAAACGAAGAUUUGAAGAUGGCCACGAACUAUGAUAAUGUGAUCCUUAAUGAAAAUAAUUCUUUAAUUCUCUUAAUUCUCUAAAUUCUUUAACGAAAAUAAUUCCAUAAUUCUUUAGAAAUACCGAGAUAUGGAAAGGAUCCCCGUGUGAUAUAAAGACAGAAAAAAUGUGCAUGUUAUUUUCUUUCCAAAUACUCUAACAUUGGUUAUAACACUUAAUUUAACGCUUCUCUUUGCCAUAUGACGGUCUCGGAGGGCGUCAUUAUACGCAUUUUUAUCAUGAGAUAACUAUUGCUUUGUGUCGCAUUAAAAUCAUAUUCAUGUUCUUGGCACACUCA